AUGGAUGCGUUCCGUGAGACGCACGAGCUGAUGGACAGCCUCAUCAUUAGCUACCAGACUGGCUGCAAGGAGGACACGGAUGCUAUCCGGGACGUCCAGCACAUGGUGGUGGACACCUUGGCGGCGGCGGUGGAGCGGGAGCAGCAGGUGCAACAAAUCAUCAAAGCCCUGUCCUCCAAGAUCAAGGGACUGGAGGCGGCUGCAGACUACAGCGAGUCAAAGGCGGCGCACGAGCGGGAGGUGGCGGGGAUCAAUGAGGCCAUCCGCGCGGACCAGGCAGCGCUGACGCAGAUCACCGAGGACACAAGAUGA